CGCGUCGCGACUCUUGGAGACGCUGUACGGCAUACCGAGAUGUCUUGGGCAAAACGAACUCCCUAGCAACGGCCAAGCGCUAAUGCAGCUAAAACACGUAAAACACCUGGGGACAGCAGCCAGCUGUAAACAGAAGAGUCCUCCCUCUCCCUCUCUUGCUCUUAUUUCUGACCCUCCCUCUCUCUCUCCGUCCAUCCUUCCUUCCAUCAGUCCUCCUAACUGCAGUCUGCAUACAGGUCCAUUCUGCUGCUGCUGCUGGAGUGAGUGGGAGGAACAUUUCCCCCUCUUUGCCUCAAAAAARAGAGAGAAAGAAAUGACGAGACAUCCUUCUGGAGCUGCAGAGGCAGGGGUGGAUUUGGUAUCCAGUUUCCUGCAUUGCACAAUGUUUCCCGUCAGCUUGGAGAGAUAAAAAAUAAGAAAGAAGAAGACAAAGGAGAAAGCGUUGGUGGACAAGGACAAAGUGGUACAUUGAGCAGGGGUUAAGGUGAGGAGGAAGCUGUGGGAGAUACAGCAGAUUACAGAAGAGGGCAGAGAGACAUGAGGGACGAGUGGGAGUCAAGAAACUGAGGAUGAAGUGAGUAACACUGCAGUAGAAUGAGGCUUAAAGUGAAAGCAGAAGCCGAGAAGCAGGCCUGCGUACGCCACUUCGCUUUCUGAAGAAGCCAGAGGAAAGAAAUCCACCGUGGAGGCGAGAAGGAGACGUAGGAGGGGGCCCGAGGAGGAGGAAGCCAGAGGUUCAACGCUCAAGAUGGCUGCUGUGUCCUCUGCCUCUGACACCGGAGACCACCGGGGCCGCCACCCCCCCGAGCGCCGGCUGCUGAUCCUCGGCGGGCCCCGAUCGGGCAAGACCUCCUCCGCUAACACCAUCCUCGGAGACGAGAUGUUCGACGCCGGGACGGAGACGACCCACAGCAACGUGGGCCAGAUGGAGAUCUACGGCCGACGGGUCACGGUGGUCGACACCCCGUCCUGGGCCAUCCCGGCCGACCCCGAGGACGACGAAGAGCGCGACACGGACGACAACGCCGGCGCUGAGUCGGACAGCCCGGCUCGCCCCCCRCCGAGCCUGGACAGCGAGGGCCCCUGCAUGGGCGCCAUCCUCUGCCCUCCCGGACCGCACGCCAUCCUGCUGGUGGUGUCCAUCAGCCAGCCGUUUGGUGACAGGGAGCGGAAGGCCGCAGAGGACCAGCUGGGGGCUCUGGGCGGAGGGACCUGGAGGUACUGCAUGGUCCUCUUCACCGGAGUGGACAAGCUGCCCAAAGGCGUGUUCAUCGAGGAGCACAUAUCCAACACUGGAGAGGCCCUGCAGUGGCUGGUGGAGAGAUGUGGAAGCAGGUACCAUGCCUUUGAUAACACCCUUAAAGACUCAGAGGAAAACACCCAAGUACCGGAGCUGAUGGAGAAGGUGGAAGAACUGGUCACCGACAACCAAGGCUGGUACUUUGAGGUGAAUGAAUUGAUUUUGCUGGAGGAGGAGCAGGCAAGGAGAGCGCUGGAGGAAGAGCGGAUGAGGAUGGAGGAGCACGCCCGGCAGAGGGAGCAGAUGAUCGGAGGACCUCCCCGAGAGUUGAGGCUGCUGUUGCUGGGUUGGAAGGGCGUCGGGAAGAGCUCGGUGGGGAACUCCAUCCUGGGCCGUCGUUUCUUCGAAUCUGGCCAGGAGACGGAGCUAUGCCUUAGGAGGCAAGCGCUGGUGUGCGGCCGCCGGGUCACCAUCGUUGACACCCCGGGCUGGGACUGGUUCUCGGUGAGCCGGACCCCCAAGCGGAUCCGGCAGGAGUCGCAGCGCGGGGCCGCCCUCCUGCGGCCAGGGCCCCACACCCUGCUGCUGGUCCUCCCCGUCGUCUCGUCGCUCACAGCCAGGAAGAGGCGGACACUCCUGGCGCACAUCGAGACUCUGUUCGGAGACAACGCGUGCCUCCACACCAUGGUGCUGUUCAGCUGCGGCGACUGGCUGGGACACACGCCCAUAGAGGAGCACAUCCUCCGGGGAGGGCGGGAGCUGCAGAGACUGCUGGAGUACUGUGGGAACUAUUACCACGUGCUGGACAGUAAGACGCCCGGCAAGGACAGGAGCGUGUCGCUGCUUCUGGACAGGAUAGAGGAGAUGAUCAGGGAGAACGGCGACAGGGCCUUCCUCCCCAUCCAGACCGAGUGGCUGAGCGAGGAGAGCUCUUAUUCCUCGGACAACACUGAACCGGAGGACGACUGCCGGGGAUGCCAGCUGCAGUGACAGGCGGCCCCAAGGAGGAGGGGUGGGGGAGUGUUCCCCGUCUUUGUCUUCAGUAGACUCCCAAGCAUCACCUCAUGUAACUUUCACCUCAUUUGAAGUGUCCCUCAGUAAUUAUGAAGAGAUUCAGGGAAGAACAAAACAAAAGUGUUAGCAACCAGAAUUGAGCCAUGUAGCUGUUUGUUAUAGAGACCAUACCCACUGUUCACUUAGCUCAGCCUUUACUAACCGGAUCUGGAUAUCACUGGGAAUUAAAACUCCGUACUCUGCUGCUGUCAAAGAGACAUUAUUGUAUAUCUGUCUGUGUUCACUCUGAGAAUGAAGAGGGCUGGGAAAAAUAAUGUCAGAGAGCGAUUCCCGAUUUCUCGAACUUCAGAAGCUGUGCUCGGAGACACAAGCUUUCAUCCUGCGUUCACAUCCUGGUUAUAAAAAAUUGCCUUCAUUAAAGUUUGAUCAGGGUCUGCUCAGGGAGUCGAGGGUUGAACUGAUGAUUUACCAGGAAAAUACAGGGCAUUUAGGAAAAAGCUGAUCGACGCUGUUCGCUAAACUUCAAGUGAGUCACAUCCAGAGAUCCUGAGGGUUCAGAUUAGGAGAACUUUAAGCGGUUCUCCUGUGCUUAAAGAUAACUAUUAAAUUAAUGUAAUAUAGCGCAUAUUUUAUUGCUUGGUCUUUCUUUCUCAAGGAGCAGAAGAAAGGAAAAAGGAACAGCUGCCUAGAAGCCGUGCAGCCUCAGAUCCCAGCGGAGCAGCCAAGGCUAGCUCGGCUACCGUCAUGCACCCCGCGCAAAUAUCGACAAGGUAGAUUCAUCUCUGUGCCUCAGCCCGAAACCAUGAGAGCGAGGAACCAAGGAUCCAUGUCCAUAAAGCGCUACGCCAAGCUUUCGCAUGCUACACAAACUAAAUAACCUCAUGGACCGUUCAAAAGCUCCCGCAGGAGCUUUUGCUACCUGCUAACCUUUUUCUACAUCCACGAGACAUCCGCUCCCGACAUGCGUGGUGAUGUUUUUGUUUUUUUUAGAGAGAAAAAAAAAACUAUUAAAUAUYUAGAUAUAUAUUCAGCUGUCCGCGGCAUGUAAAGACACCGCAUGCGAACAAACGAGUGCCUAAAGAGUUGAAGGCGGCCUCACUUUCUUAUUCUUCUGACUCUUGCUUGAAAACAAACCUGUGACUUUCUCUGGUGUGGCAUUUAAAGACCUUCCGCCCUCGUCUGGGGAAAUGGAAGCGAAAGGGGAAGGACGUUCACAGCAUGGAACAGCCGAAAGAAGCCUGUUCAACAAGCGACGGACACCACUGCCAGGCAGCCACAUCUCAUUUUCUAUUUACAUGACGUGAGGUUAAAAAAAAAAAAAAAAAAAGACAGAGAAAAUCCCCGGACCCACCCAGCCCUCUCUGUGUUUUACCAACUCCGCGCUUCUCCUAGUGUCGUAGGCUAUAGCAGCACUUAGUGUGACGAGCAUGCCUUUAUAAUUUCCUACCAGGAUGUGGCGACACUGUCACCCGAGUCUCGCUCUAUAAUUGUGAAUAUGUUGUACAAGCUGUGUAUAGUUGCAGCGUCAACAUACGUGAAAGUGUGAAGGUGUUAGCUGAGCAUUUUUGCACUGUGUAACUUCUACUGCAGCCAAAGUGACGUUACUCACUGUGGUGAUUAUUGUAUCGUCAUCGGUAUUUUGUUCAUCCUCUGACAAGAAUAAAAGAGGUUCAAAUAUA